AUGUCCGCACUGCUAGUUUUGCCUUGUAACCUCGGACUGGCCGCGCUAAUGCCAAUGCACCACCGCCCGAUUCAGAGCCGCAGAAUGUCACAUGAGCAACACGCCAGCCAAUCAGCAGUCUAUAUUAUGUCAUACGGGCGGUUUCGUUUGGAUGUUCCCGUUAUUCUGAGAAACUCAGAAGAAGCAUAUUCUACAAGCUUUGUUUCCAAAAAGCAGAUGAGGCAAGUGAAGAAUCCUUUUGGCUUGGAAAUCACAAAUCCAGAUGUAGCUUCAGUAACAAGUGGCAUAUCAUUAACCCCAAACUGCCUGGAGAACUGUGUCCUGACCUAUUACUGGGGUUGUAGUGUUCAAAAGCUCCAAGAAGCUUUGCAGCAUCACUUGUAUUGCUUUAUAAUCAAAACUCCGACAGCACUGGAAAAUGCCCUCUUUGGGGAAUAUCUACAUAAAGAGCAGCAUGUCGUCCAGAAACAUGACAAAGAAGAAAUAUUUACCCAGUUGCCACCUGACAGCCAGUUAAAGGAUUUUGGCCCCUUGCCACGGACACGUUACCCACUUGUGGCAUUUCUAACACUGUCUGAUGAAGAAGACAGGGAGUCAUAUGAUAUUGUAUCAAUGCUGGCUGUGGUUCAUGUACCUGACAGAAGUUACAGACUAUCCUGUAGAAUAAUGUACCAAUACCUGCUGACUGCGCAAGGACAGUUUUAUGACCUUAAGCAACUGUUCAUGUCUGCAAAUGACAGCCAAUUACAAUCUACAAGUGCUUCAUUCUCACAUGACAGUACUGCAGAUAAAGACCUGCUGGAAAAAUUUGGACUCUCCGAGGAGGAAGUGCAGGAGGACACUGCCAAAGACUGUGUUGUGUGUCAGAAUGGCAAAGUGAACUGGGUACUUCUGCCCUGUAGGCAUGUAUGCCUGUGUGAUGGAUGUCUAAGAUUCUUCCAACAUUGUCCAAUAUGCAGACAGUUUGUUCAGGAGUCAUUCCCAUUAUUUAGCCAAUCUUCACCAACAAGUGAUAGCAGUUCUCCCAUUCAAGAAGACUAGCCAGUCCCAUGUUUUGGUAAUACAGGAAUCUGUCCUGGAACUGUUAUCUAAGGUUGAGUCACACAGCAAUGAUCCACCGGCAGAGUGAUAAAGUAAGCAUGUGGUGACACUGUUUUUGAUGAACUGCAACUACCCGUCUCUUUCCACAGUUGCUUUACUUUUAACUUCAGUAACAUAAUUUGCAAAAUUUUACACUUACAUAAUAACCCAUGUAUUGCCUUUGCAAUUAUAUUUUUGCAUAAUUUGCCACGCACUUUAUAAUGCAAGUUACUUUUAAUUUGUUUUUACCACCCCCCCCCCACAUUGGAACAUUAUUAUUUAAAUUAGCUAUUUUUUAUCAUGAUAAACCAGCAAUAGAAAAAUAUUUAUUAAUUUGUUCAUUGCUUCAUUGCUUAUGGAGUGUGAUUUAUGUACCUACAAUAUACUCCACCUAGUGGAGGGCUGUAGCCGUAUGUUUAUGUUUAUUCAGCCGACCCAACCCCCUCCGAACUCAUACAUCAGAGUUAGAUGGAAUUUUUUUAUGCGCCUGAAAACAAUGUGUAACCCUUUGUGCAUUGGACUUGUGCUAGAUAAAACUGACUGUGGUUUUGGAAAGGCUAAAGGGACACAGUGCCUGAAACCUGCCCCCCUUAUUUUAAUGCAGACCAACUUAAUUAAUUUAACAAUUAUCUCCCCUAGAUUUCUAGUUAAUUAUGGCCUUUACAGACUGUCACAAAAUAGCCGACACCCUGUGCAAGCAAAAAAAAAUCUAAAGCCUUUUAGAAAAACCAGUUUUCCCACCAUAUCAAUUGGCCACACACGUGAUCAUACAGUGCAGUCUCUGUGUUUUCUAUCAAUUAUUUUAAACAAUCAAAACCCAUUGGCCAAAGUACACGCACAAAUGGCAGCAGUUCUUCUGUGGUCAGAUGAUUCAGUCUGAGCAGAUUGAUCAAUGGCCAGUAUAAGUUACUAAGGGGGUUAUUUAUUAAAGUCCGAAUGCCCAAAACUUGAAAAGUUCCUGUUUUUUUUUACUAUAGAAUCCAGAUUUUAUUGAACCCUGAGGACAAUUCGAAUUUUCAUAUGAUUUUCACAAUUUUUUCAAGUUUUUUCUUGAUUCAAAUUUUUCUGGAAAAUGUAUUGAUAAAUAAGAGUAUAUUUCAUAAAAAAAUUAGAUAAAUUAGGAUUUUGAUAAAAAAAAAAACCCUAACCCCCCUUACAUAUUGCUAAAAUGGAAGACAACGUCUAUUCCUUUACUUAUAAAUGGCCGGUAACAUCUGGAAUCGAGUGACAAGAGCUAUUAGUUUGGUGGUUAUUGUGGUUCACAGCUCAUUAUCAUAUUGUUUUGUUUUAAAUAAAUAACAGAUAACAUAGUAAUAUAGUUAUUUAAUUGUAAAAGAAAAUAGUUUAUUCAAAACAUUUUGACUGGCUUGAUCUUUUUAGAAUUUAAAGAUCACUUAAUGGCAAUGAACUAAUAUAUGGCAUUUAUCAGAUGUGGCUCACUGCUAUACAUAGUUACAUAGAAGAUUUGAGUUUAAAAAAGACCAACGUCCAUCAAGUUCAAGCCUUUCAAAUAAACCCCAGUGCACAUAUAUACACACACUCAUACCUAUCAUAUAUACAUUCACAUAUGUAUAACUAUAUAUAACUAUCUAUACUAAACUAAAUGUUGAUCUUAAGACCAUAAUAGCCUUGGAUAUUAUUCUUGCUAAAGAAAUUACCAAGUCCCUCUAAAAGGCAUUAAUAGAAUCUGCCAUCAAAACAUCAACUCGCUGGGCAUUCCACAACCUUCACUGCUGUGAAGAACCACCUACACUUGAAUUUGAAAGUUAAAAUGAAAGUUCAAUUGCUCAUAGGAUGGCUUCUGGUGCAUUGAUCUUUUCUACAGAAAAAAAGUCCAGUUAUCUCUCUAUAACAUCCUCUUAUGUCCCCUCACAAGCACAUUUUCAACAGAGAAAACAACCCCAACCUACACAGUCUACCGUCAUAAUCUAAAUCUUCUAUCCUAUUUACCAGUUUAGAUGCAUGUCUCUGCACUCUCUCCAGCUUAU